AUGGAACGCUGGAGAUGUUGCCGACAAGCACGUAUGAGGUGGCAUCGAGUACGGUGCGGUGCCGCGCCGCCAACGUGCACGGCGUGGCGGUGUCACGUGACGUCACACUCGUCCAGGUACUGCGCUGUACUGUCUUGCGUUGCCAGAGAAUGGUUGGUGAAUGAAUGGCAGCUGGUGACAACGUUGACUGCAGUUCCAGAUGAGAGUUGGGAGGCGGUGGCGAGUGCAGGCGCGGCGGCAGCAGGUGGCGUGGCGGCCGUGACGUGCGGCGCCGCGGGGGCGCGGGACCCCGAGCACGUGCGCGCCGCGCUCUGGUACCGCGGCGACACCGUGCUGCACCUUGACCCGCCCUCCCCAGGCUCGCGAUACCUAGUGGCGGGCAACACACUGCUGAUCCGAGACGUGAGCGUCAGCGACGCCGGCGCGUACAGCUGCCUCGCGCGACACGACGUGACCGGCGCCACGCGACGCGCGCGCCCCGCGCUGCUGUCCGUCACCGCGGGCGGCGCCAGCUCCGCGCCGCGGCUGGUGGCGGCGGGCGGCGAGCUCAACGUGCAGGCCGGCCACCCUGUAUGUCUGCCUUGCGUCGCGUCUGAUCAUCCUCCACCGCAAUACACGUGGUACCGGGAGCGGGAGGGCCGGCUGCAGCCCGUACUGGCGGCGGCGGAGAGCUGGGCGUGGGCGGGCGGCGCGGCGCAGUGCGUGCGGCGCGCCGCGCUCGCCUCGGCCGGCCUCUGGAUCUGCAAGGCGUACAACGUGUUCGGGGACGCCACCGCGCACACCACGCUGCACGUGCACGAUGACACGCUCAGCGUCGUCGUCGCGCCCACUGUGCUUGUGGCAGACGCGGGCAGCACGGCGCGCUUCAACUGCAGCGCGUCCGACCCGCGCGCCUCGCUCGCGUGGCUGCACAACGGGGCUCCGCUCAGCGGGGGCACGGCCGGGGGCGCCGAGCUAGUGCUGCGCGGGGUGGCGCGCGCGCACCACGGCGUGUACCAGUGCGUGGCGCGUCGCGCCUCACUCUCCGCGCAAGCUGCGGCCGAGCUGCGCCUUGGAGAGUCGGCGCCGGAGCUCCAGUACACGUUCAUCGAGCAGGCGCUGCGCGCGGGCGGCGCGGUGUCGCUGCGCUGCGCCGCCGCCGGCGCGCCGCCGCCGCGCUUCCACUGGCUGCUCGACGACGUGCCGCUCGACCACUACCGCGCCCACCACAGAUACUUCAUCCACGAGGAGACGUCGGUGUCGGGCGACGUGGUGUCGACGCUGAACGUGAGCGCGGCGAGCGCGGCGGACGGCGGGCGCUACACGUGCCGCGCGCACAACGCGCUCGGCCACGCGCAGCACGCCGCGCGGCUCAACAUAUACGGUCCUCCAUCAAUUCGAGCGCUGGGCCCAGUCCGAGUAGUCGCCGGUGCCAACGCCACGAUCUACUGCCCCUACGCCGGAUAUCCGAUCAGCUCGAUAUCGUGGUGGCGGCGCGGCGCCAGCGUGGCGCUGGGCGGCGCCGGCCGCGUCAGUGCGCGUGGCGCCGAGCUGCGCCUGGCGCCCGCGCUGCCGGCCGACGCGGGCCACUACGCAUGCGUCGUGGCGGCGCCCACUGGUCCUGCGGCGCGGCGCGACGUAGACAUACAAGUCCGCAAUCCGCCAAAAAUCUCGCCAUUCAUGUUUUCUUCGGAGCUGACGGAGGGCAGCUCGGUGCAGGUGCUGUGCGGAGUGUCAUCUGGAGAUAAACCCAUGUACUUUACGUGGCUAAAGGACGGCGCUCCACUGCCAUCCAACCUGCAGAUAGAAGAGAAGAACCUGAAUGAGUUCUCGCUGCUGAUGUUCUCGGAGCUGACGGCGCGCCACAGCGGCGAGUACACGUGCCGGGUGUCCAACCACGCCGCAGUCGUGAACUACACCGCCACGCUCACUGUCAAAGUUGCUCCGACGUGGACGACGGAGCCUUCGGACACAGCCGUGUUACUCGGUGCUCCUCUGUUGCUACCAUGCGCUGCGAAAGGUUACCCUGUUCCUUUAAUCACGUGGUACAGACACAUCGGUGAGGCGAGUCCUUCGGGUGGUGACAGUGGCGACAGCGGCGAGCAAUGGGAGCAAGUGAGCGCGGCGGAGUGGGGCGCGCCGGGUGGGCUGCGCGCGCGCAACGGCUCGCUGUCCGCGCCCGCGGCCGCGCGCGCGCUGCGGGGGCUGUACCGCUGCCUCGCUGACAACGGAGUAGGCCCGCCACUGCUCAAGAACGUCAACAUCACCGUACAUGAACCGGCGCAGUUCGAGGGCUCGGGCGGCAACGUGACGAGUGUGCGUGGCCGCGGGGCGGCGCUAGUGUGCCAGGCGCGGGGCGACGCGCCGCUCCACCUGCACUGGACGCACGGCAGUGCCCCGCUGGACCUGUCCUCCUACAGGUGGGCGGUGUCGGAGGCGCGCACGGCGGGCGGGCUGCGCUCGACGCUGCAGCUGCGCGCGGCGGAGCGCGCCGACGCCGGCGAGUACCGCUGCCACGCGCACAACCAGUUCGGUCGCAGCGAGCUGCUCAUGUACUUACAUGUCGAAGAGCCACCAGCGGCGCCGCGGCAGCUAAGGCUGGGCGGGCUGGGCGCGCGCUGGGUGCGCCUGGUGUGGGCCGCGCCCCCCGCGCCCCCCGCGCCCCCCGCCCCCGUGUACACGGCGCUGUAUGCACCGCUGCGGUCCCCGGCCGCUGCCACCGCCACCAACCUCACGGUGCACAUCGACCACCGGAUAGACAGUGAAGACAUAUUAUCAGCAACGCUCGACGGGCUGCGGCCAGCCGGCGCGUACUCUCUGCGACUGACUUCAGCCAACCACGUGGGGCAGUCGCCGCACUCAGAGCCCUUAAUGUUCACCACACUAGAAGAAGCCCCGACUGGCUCCCCGCAGAGCGUCAGAGUGAGAGCGUCCACCCCGGGUGAGCUGCACGUCUCGUGGUCGGCACCGCCGCAGGACAGCUGGAACGGUGAGCUUCUGGGGUAUGUAGUCUCGUGGCGCGAGCUCGGCGUUGACGGUGAAGUUGGUGAGGACGAAGGCGCGGGGGCCGCAGGCACCGCAACAGUGCGCGGCUGGAGUAGCGCGGAGCUGACGGUGGCGGGGCUGCGCUCGUUCGCCCGCUACGCGCUGACCGCGCGCGCCUACAACCGCGCGGGCCCCGGCCCGCACUCACCUGCUGUUUACGCUACUACCGUCGAUGGAGUGCCGGAGGAGUGGCCGCGCGGCGUGGCGUGCGAGGCGCUGUCGGCGACGUCGCUGCGCGUGCGCUGGGCGCCGCUGCCCGCCGCGCAUGCGCACGCACUGCGCGGGUACGACCUGCACUACGCACCGCUGCACGCAGCCUCCGGUCUGUACGCUACGUGUCGCUAUACGUCUAAUGAUCAUUACGAAUAA